UGGAAGGUCUUCGUUGAAUGGAUAAACAAUAAGAAGCUUAAUAUUCAGAUAAAGUGCAUGGUGCAAUUUGGACAAUUUUUCUAUACGAAAUUCUUUGAAUUUCUAACUGGGUUUGAUAAUAUAUCUCGAAUACCAGAAAAUAAUAAGUCCAAAUUCCUUCCUCCUGGAUACCGUGCACAUGAGCUUCCUGAUCAAGUUUCAUUCUGGCUAGGUGAAUUGCAGCGCGCA